UGGACAUAAUAUCGCGAGAUUUGCCGGCCGCCCGGCCUGCACUGCGGCGUUUCCCGCGCGGACUACCUCAGUUCCCGGUCGUACGGCGCGGCCUGUCGUACUGCCGCCGGCGCAACGGCCGUCAUGGGGUUCCUGAAACUGAUUGAGAUCGAGAACUUUAAGUCGUACAAGGGUCGACAGAUUAUCGGACCAUUUCAGAGGUUCACCGCCAUCAUUGGACCAAAUGGCUCUGGUAAGUCAAAUCUCAUGGAUGCCAUCAGCUUUGUGCUAGGUGAAAAAACCAGCAACCUGCGGGUAAAGACCCUGCGGGACCUGAUCCAUGGAGCGCCUGUGGGCAAGCCAGCUGCCAACCGGGCUUUCGUCAGCAUGGUCUACUCUGAGGAGGGUGCUGAGGACCGCACCUUUGCCCGUGUCAUUGUAGGGGGUUCCUCUGAGUACAAGAUCAACAACAAAGUGGUCCAGCUACAUGAGUACAGUGAAGAAUUAGAGAAGUUGGGCAUUCUCAUCAAAGCUCGUAACUUCCUCGUUUUCCAGGGUGCUGUGGAAUCUAUUGCCAUGAAGAACCCCAAAGAGAGGACAGCUCUAUUUGAAGAGAUUAGUCGCUCUGGGGAGCUGGCACAGGAGUAUGACAAGCGAAAGAAGGAAAUGGUGAAGGCUGAAGAGGACACACAGUUUAAUUACCAUCGCAAGAAAAAUAUUGCAGCUGAACGCAAGGAAGCAAAGCAGGAGAAAGAAGAGGCUGACCGCUACCAGCGCCUGAAGGAUGAGGUAGUACGAGCUCAGGUACAACUGCAGCUCUUUAAGCUUUACCAUAAUGAAGUGGAAAUUGAGAAGCUCAACAAGGAACUGGCCUCUAAGAACAAGGAGAUCGAGAAGGACAAGAAGCGUAUGGACAAAGUGGAGGAUGAGCUGAAGGAAAAGAAGAAGGAGCUGGGCAAAAUGAUGCGGGAGCAGCAGCAGAUUGAGAAAGAGAUCAAGGAGAAGGAUUCAGAAUUGAACCAGAAGCGGCCUCAGUACAUCAAAGCCAAGGAGAAUACCUCCCACAAAAUCAAGAAGCUGGAAGCAGCCAAGAAGUCUCUGCAGAAUGCUCAGAAGCACUAUAAGAAGCGUAAAGGUGACAUGGAUGAGCUGGAGAAGGAGAUGUUGUCAGUGGAGAAGGCCCGGCAGGAGUUUGAAGAACGGAUGGAAGAGGAGAGUCAGAGUCAGGGCAGAGAUUUGACCUUGGAGGAGAAUCAGGUGAAGAAAUACCACCGGUUGAAAGAAGAAGCCAGCAAGAGAGCAGCUACCCUGGCCCAGGAGCUGGAGAAAUUCAAUCGAGACCAGAAAGCUGACCAGGACCGUUUGGAUCUGGAAGAACGGAAGAAAGUAGAGACAGAGGCCAAGAUCAAGCAAAAACUGCGGGAAAUUGAAGAAAAUCAGAAGCGGAUUGAGAAAUUGGAGGAAUACAUCACUACAAGCAAGCAGUCUCUAGAAGAGCAGAAAAAGCUAGAGGGGGAGCUGACAGAGGAGGUGGAGAUGGCCAAGCGGCGUAUUGAUGAAAUCAAUAAGGAGCUGAACCAGGUGAUGGAGCAGCUAGGGGAUGCUCGCAUCGACCGCCAGGAGAGCAGCCGCCAGCAGCGAAAGGCAGAGAUAAUGGAGAGCAUCAAGCGCCUUUACCCCGGCUCUGUGUAUGGCCGACUCAUCGACCUAUGCCAGCCCACACAAAAGAAGUAUCAGAUUGCUGUAACCAAGGUUUUGGGCAAGAACAUGGAUGCCAUUAUUGUGGACUCAGAGAAGACAGGCCGGGACUGUAUUCAGUAUAUCAAGGAGCAGCGUGGGGAGCCUGAGACCUUCUUGCCUCUUGACUACCUGGAGGUGAAGCCUACAGAUGAGAAACUCCGGGAGCUGAAGGGGGCCAAGCUAGUGAUUGAUGUGAUUCGCUAUGAGCCACCUCACAUAAAAAAGGCCUUGCAGUAUGCCUGUGGCAAUGCCCUUGUCUGUGACAAUGUAGAGGAUGCCCGCCGCAUUGCCUUUGGAGGCCACCAGCGCCACAAGACAGUAGCACUGGAUGGAACCCUGUUCCAGAAGUCAGGGGUGAUCUCUGGUGGGGCCAGUGACCUGAAGGCCAAGGCGCGCCGCUGGGAUGAGAAAGCAGUUGACAAGUUGAAAGAGAAGAAGGAGCGCUUGACAGAGGAGCUGAAAGAGCAGAUGAAGGCAAAACGGAAAGAGGCAGAGCUGCGUCAGGUGCAGUCUCAGGCCCAUGGACUGCAGAUGCGUCUCAAGUACUCCCAGAGUGACCUAGAACAGACCAAGACACGACAUCUAGCCCUGAAUCUGCAGGAGAAAUCCAAGCUGGAGAGUGAGCUAGCCAACUUUGGGCCUCGCAUUAAUGAUAUCAAGAGGAUCAUUCAGAGCCGAGAAAGAGAAAUGAAAGACUUGAAGGAGAAGAUGAACCAGGUAGAGGAUGAGGUGUUUGAAGAGUUUUGUCGGGAGAUUGGUGUACGCAACAUCCGGGAGUUUGAGGAAGAGAAGGUGAAACGGCAGAAUGAAAUCGCCAAAAAGCGUUUGGAGUUUGAGAAUCAGAAGACUCGCUUGGGCAUUCAGUUGGAUUUUGAAAAGAACCAACUGAAGGAGGAUCAGGAUAAAGUACACAUGUGGGAGCAGACAGUGAAAAAGGAUGAAAAUGAGAUAGAAAAGCUCAAAAAGGUAAGGAAGGAAUUAAAAGACAGCUCAAUUUUGAACUUGAGUCAUUCUGCCUGCAAAGCCUCUGUUCCUUCUGCCAUAGUGCUUUCUAGCAAAGUGCUUUCUCAAAGAUCGAAGGCUGCAAAGGAGCUCUCCGUAGAGGGGCACUCUGAUGGCCAGUCUGCUCCACUUGACUCUCCCUUGCCAUUACAGGGUAGCUCUCAGGGGGAGGACUCAGUGAGUGGUUCCCAGAGAAUUUCCAGUAUCUAUGCACGAGAGGCCCUCAUUGAGAUUGACUACGGUGAUCUGUGUGAGGAUCUGAAGGAUGCCCAGGCUGAGGAAGAGAUCAAGCAAGAGAUGAACACACUGCAGCAGAAGCUGAAUGAGCAGCAGAGUGUGCUUCAGCGUAUUGCCGCCCCCAACAUGAAGGCCAUGGAAAAGCUGGAAAGUGUCCGAGACAAGUUCCAGGAGACCUCAGAUGAAUUUGAAGCAGCCCGAAAGCGAGCAAAGAAGGCCAAGCAGGCAUUUGAACAGAUCAAGAAGGAACGCUUUGACCGCUUCAAUGCUUGUUUUGAAUCUGUGGCUACCAACAUAGAUGAGAUCUAUAAGGCCCUGUCCCGCAACAGCAGUGCCCAGGCAUUCCUGGGCCCUGAGAAUCCUGAAGAGCCCUACUUGGAUGGCAUCAACUACAAUUGUGUGGCUCCUGGGAAACGCUUCCGGCCUAUGGACAACUUGUCAGGCGGGGAGAAGACAGUGGCAGCUCUGGCCCUGCUCUUUGCCAUCCACAGCUACAAGCCAGCCCCCUUCUUCGUCCUGGAUGAGAUUGAUGCUGCCUUGGAUAACACCAACAUUGGCAAGGUGGCAAAUUACAUCAAGGAGCAGUCGACUUGCAACUUCCAGGCCAUCGUCAUCUCCCUCAAGGAAGAGUUCUACACCAAGGCUGAGAGCCUCAUUGGAGUCUAUCCUGAGCAAGGGGACUGUGUGAUCAGCAAAGUCCUGACCUUCGACCUCACCAAGUACCCAGAUGCCAACCCCAACCCCAAUGAGCAGUAGCAAUAGUUCUACCCUCCUGCCCUGUCUGGAUCCCUAAGGUGUCCCUCUCCCAAUCUCUGGAUAUUUGACUCCCAACCUUUCCCCUGCCUCCUGGCCCUUUUUGGUGUAGUCAUGGGAUUUAGGCACUGCUAAUUAAGCACGAAGAGGAACAGAGGUGAUGUUAGGUCUAAAGCAAAAAUUCCUGAGCGACAGGGAGUAUUCUGGCCUCUGGAAGGAGGUGCUGAGCUGAACAGGGCCAUCUGUUCAUCCCACACACCCCCUUCCUCCCCCUCAUCACCCAUCAUCAUGGGUCCCUUGGGCCUCUUGCCCACUGUGUGUGUGGGUACGUAUGGUGUAUGUAUGUAUCCGCAUGUGUGCAUGUAUGUUUGCAAAAUAAUAAAGGAUAUUGGAGACCUGUUUUAGAAGGAGCCUAGGCUGAAUUUCAUUCCAAGAGAGCUUAGGAUGACAGCAUCCCUGAGCUGGGCAAAGGUACUCAGGACCUCAUAGGAGUCUUAGGCAGUUACCUGAAACUGCCUUCAUUCACUCAUUUGUGUAUUCAUUCAUGUAUGUAUUCAUCAGACACAUACCGAACACCAUCUAUUUGUCAAGCUCUUUGCUUGGAAUACAGAGUUGAAUCAGACAUGAUCUCUACCCUCCUAGUAAGGAGAUACAGUUGGUUCAUGAAUGACUAUCGUUAAUUGAAUGUCUUAUGUACUUUGAAUUUGAGAAGAGGGUGAUCACCUCUAGGCUUCCUGGAGGUCACAUUUAAGCUGCACCUUGACAAAUUGGUAGGAUUUGGUCAGGCACUAGUUGCAGAGCAUGAGCUCUGGGGACAGACUGUUAUGGGUUCUGGUCCCACUUUUUAUCACUUACUAGUUGUUUGACCUUGGGCAAGUCAUUUGACCUUCUGUGCCUCAGUUUCCUCAUCUGUAAAAUGGGGCUAACAAUAUUACCUACCUCAUAGGAUUUAAUGAUGUCAAGCUCCUCAAUGGAGGCCUUAUCCCUUCAUGGAGCCCACUUAGGUGCCGAUCCCUCAGAAAAUAAGCCUCAUGCCUGGACCCCUGAGAGCUUCUGAUCCCAGCUAUUAGGGACAGAAGAAGCUUCCAAAUCUGGAAGGUGCUGAAUGCCCUGCUGACUGGGAAAGUUUCAGGGCACUGAUGGGGUCUACCUGGUAAGUAGAGGGCCUGAGGAGGCCUGUAGCUUCAAUCAUGUAUGGUAACCAGGUACCUGAGCCCCAAUCUGGGUUGUGAGGAAAUAGGGCAGAGGUAGCCUGGGCCACAUCCCAGCCUAACACAUGUGAGGUUCACUUUAGGAACUAACCUCAUUAACUAUAAGGAUCAUGCAGAGACAGCAAAGCCUGGUGUGAUUAGCUCAGCCUUCACUCAUUCACAUAUACCAUCAUGCUUUUAUUCCAAUCUGUGUAUUGCUUUUUUUGCUUCUUAAAAAUUAAGUCUAUUCUAAUUACUCAAAUAAUGCAUGAAUGCAUUCUCCUUUUGAGAAA